AUGGAUCGGUUGAGGAAAAACUUUCCUUUUUCAUGCAAGGUAACGUUUAUUCUAUUCGUGGCAUCACACAAUCUUCUUGCUCCAGCGGUUAACCUCUCGGUCAAAGCAGAUUCCUAUAAAAGAUGGAGCUUAAAUAAUAACGACAAUGAAAUUGAAAAGAAGGGGAUCGUAACAUCGAAGCCAUCACCAGUAGGAUGGGGCGUCUAUCUUGAUGGAUCACCGGACACCUACGUCAAACUAAAAGGCUACAAAGAGCAAUGUUUGGGAAAACCUUCGCAAUGUGACUUUACCAUCGGGUUUCUUAUGAAAAUUAUUCCCCAAUCCGGAGUGCAGUUUUACUUUGGGAAUAAAGUGGACGGACUUUUGUUCGAAGGUGUAAACAUAUACCAAAAUCAUAAUGGCAGAUUACGAGUAGAAGUUUUAGGCAAUACUACUUACUGCAAAUACGUCAUAACGCCACCCCAAGGAGUGUGGUUUUAUCUGGGGAUUGUUUGGAACAGGGUAGGAACCUUGGGUUUGUAUUAUGACCCCUUGUCCAGCUUUUCUGUCCCUCAUUACUACUGUGGAGGUAGAAUCGACGGACUGGUAAGGAAUGGCACGUACCACCUAGGCAGAUACACGUACCCUACUGCGUACUAUGACAAUUUAGAGAUUUGGUAUUCCGAACAGUCUCGUAGUGUUUUUGAUGAGAGAUGGAAAGCAGCAUUUGAUGUUAGUGGACAAUAUACGGUUAUACAAUUGACCAUUAUCUUCCCUUACCUGCAAUACAAGGCUGGAGACGUUGAUCAGGACGAGUUUUCCAACAAAGUUAAGGAAUUAUUCAUUAACGACGCGCACUUUCGAGACAUCAAGAACGUCUCAGUUUCACUAAGCGAUGACAGUAAAACAGCGGUAUCAUUUACUUUGGAAUUUAAUCGCACUCAAGACCUUUGGGAAUCCAUCCUGAAUUUACAACUUGCAAUGGAAAAUGGUACUCUUCUAAGGUCUCCUGGCGUCUUUGAUGAGGAUUCGUGUCAGAACACUGAUGACAGCCAUUGUGAGUAUGAAUUAUGCACUGAUGUUUUCUGUGAGACACCUGCAAACUUUAUCCUGGUAAGGGUCCGUGCAUUUGCAGCAGAAAUAGUAUUGGACCAAGUUUUCCUUGACCUGCACGAAAACUAUUUCUUCGGAUACAGAGUCCUGUAUAAAAAUCUGGAUGAUCCCAACUCAAACUGGGCCAUUAAAGAGAAUAUUCGCCGCUAUUUGCCACCAAAGCCCGUUAAGCACACAAUUUCUUCACUUAAAAGCUAUACGAAAUACAGCUUUCGUGUCUUUGCGGCAUCGUUCAAGUCUGCUGGCCUCAUCUCGGAAGCUAUUGAAUUGAGGACAGAUGAGUCAACUCCUAGCAUUGGUCCAGAAAUUGUUGCCAGCCGAAGCACCAGCCCCACUUCAAUCUAUGUGCAGUGGAACCACACAAUUCCAGAAAAUAAAGUCAAUGGCAUUUUGAUCGGUUACACAGUCCAUUGGAAUGACGAACGUUUUGGCCAUGGUCACACUUACAAAUCAAAGGGUGUCAAAAAUCUUGGGCUUAGCGCCACAAAUUAUACUAUAACCUCACUUCACGAAUACUGGCCUUAUACAAUUUCUGUGGCUGGACGAACAUCGAAAGGAACUGGAAUAUGGACGUUGAGGAAAGUGACAACCAUUGACGAUGCUCCUUCAGAGGCACCGUACAACAUUCAGCUUCACAUGGUGAAUGCAACUACUUUAAAUGCUAUUUGGCAAGAUGUGCGUUUUAUUCACCAAAAUGGCAUUAUUCUGGGUUACCGUGUUCGCUUUCACCAUGCAGAUGGCGGUCUGCUAUUGUGGAACAUGACCGUUAGACCAGACGUCCAUGAUUUCCUUUUCUCUAGUCUUUCGAUCUUCCAGAAUUAUUCGGUACAGAUGCAGGCUUACGCCAGAAAAGGUGAUGGGCCGUGGAGUAACAAAGUAUAUCAGUUGACGGAUGAAUCAACCCCUAUAAAUUCUCCUGUCAAUCUGACAGCUUACAAUGUCAGCUCACGGGAAAUUAAAGUUCUUUGGAACUACAAUGAUAACCCUAGACUGGUUCUUGGCCGCUUGCAAGGUUUCACACUGUAUUUUCAGGAGGCCAAUGCCAGCGAUAUUUUCCCAGAAGAGGCAAACUUAAAAACUUUUGAAACUCGUAACAAAACUCUGCGAAGUAAGAUCGCCGCAGAAUUGAAUAUAUACCGGCUAUACAACAUUACUAUAGCAGCUCGGACAGCCAAGGGUACAGGUCCCACGAACGAGUCAUUUGUGGUCCGAACUCACGGUGAAGUCCCUGGCGCUUCCCCCCAGGCUCUCACUGCCUACAACACAAGUAAGUCCAGCAUAUAUGCCCGAUGGCAGGAGAUAGUGGAAGACAAACAGCAUGGAAUCAUGCUGGGAUACAAGCUGUUUGUAUACGAGUUAACAGGUAAUGGUUCAAAAACUGUGGAAAAUCGCACUUACGGGUUGGAUAAAGUGGAGACCAACUUCACAAGACUAAAGAUAUUCACCAAAUACAGGAUAGCGGUUCUGGGGUUUAAUAAUUAUGGAGACGGUCCGAUUGUGGCUGUGGAUUUGUUUACUGAGGAGAGCGUUCCGAGUCAGCCGCCCUCUAAUUUCACAGCUUACAAUGAGAGUUCCACCAUACUCCUUGCCACUUGGAAACCUGUGCCCAAAUGUUGUCGGCUCGGAAUUAUUCGAGGUUAUCAUGCAACAUUGACAGACCCAAGCAACACUUCGGUGACAAUAACAAAAACGGUUAUAAGGUCUGGUGUACGGUUCCCGAAGCUGAAAAAGUUUCAUACCUAUCAGAUAUCCAUUGUCGCAUUUACAUCUAAAGGAAAUGGAGCCAACGUUUCAACGUUAGCGUCUACCGAUCAGGAUGUUCCAGACGCACCACCACAGACUGUAACCGGUCAUAACGUAAGUCAGACAGAGAUAAAGUUACUAUGGCGGCCGGUUCCUCUAGACAACCUUAACGGAAUUUUGAUGGGCUAUAAAGGAUCUUGCCGGAUAGCAAAGGGAAACCAGCCUAGUACUGAAAAGCAGUUCAACAGCUCUGUCUCUGAGGGAGUACUAGAUGGAUUAAACGCUUUUACGACCUACGCAUGCAGUGUCAGGGCGUUUACCAUCAAAGGCGACGGUCCACCCAGUUCAGAUAUACUUGUGAAAACUGAGGAGGAAGCACCUCGAGUAGCACCAACAACCUUUCAAGGGAUAAAUUCAAGUUCAACUUCUAUUUCACUGCAGUGGAGUAAUAUUUCUGCCAUGGACGUCGCCGGAGUACUUAGAAACUUUCACAUCGCUUAUCGCGAAUUAGACACAGCUGACAACACCACGCACACCGUAACUGUGCCACUAGCGAACCUAACAUUUGAAUUAACUGACCUAAGGAAAUACACCAACUACAGUAUUGAGAUUAUGGGAGUUACAAAGUUUGUCGGGAUAGGCACGGAACCGAUAAUAGUUUCCACUGAUGAAGACAUUCCAAGUCUUCCUCCUCAAGACAUCAAGUUGCAAAAUUCCAGCUCCACAAGUAUAUUUGUUCAGUGGAAACCAAUCCCUAAACACCACGUUCAUGGUAAACUCCUGGGAAUCAAGCUUUUAUAUCGAUCUGCACCAAGAGACAACAGCAUAGUGUUCAGGUCCCACGCAAGGCGUUCAAUCGUGAGCGACUGGUCCGUGUACACCGAUAUUACUUUACCUCCGAACGCUCUUUCCUAUAACAUAACGUCUCUCGAGAAAUUUACGAACUAUUCUGUGGAAAUACUGGGUUUCACCUCAAAAGGAGAUGGAAAUGUUAGUCACAGGUUUAUUGUAUCUACGGAUGAGGAUGUUCCUAGUAUGCCGCCAGCGUCUCUUACUCCCAUAUCCCGCAGUGGGGACUUCAAAAUGGAUGUCAGUUGGGAACCAGUGCCGGAUGGUUUUGUACAUGGAAUUCUGUUGGGAUACCGCAUUUACUAUAGAAAGGUGCAAGAGUUAGGAAGAGCCUCUACCUCUGAGACGGAGGCUGUGUCUGUUGGACCUUUUGAACAGAACACCACAGUAACGAUGCUGAAAAACUUUGCAGUUUAUGAUUUGCAAAUUGCAGCUUUCACGAUCAAAGGAGUAGGAGUGUUGACCGAUAUCAAAGAUGGAUCGACUUGCAGGUGCCCCCGAGAGUUUAAAACGACCUGGUACCCGUUCCCCCCGUAUAUCGCAUACGAAAACGGCACCGUGGGCGGCUUCAUCCCACGAAUCCUGGAGGGGGCGGUGGAAUAUUGCUGCAGUGACUGUGUCCUCGCCAAUGGCAAACCUGCAACUACUAUCGACUUUGUGCUUGACGGAAAGGGAGACCUCGCGCAGAAGAGUGGCGUCGAGGCUCUGAUUAGCAGCAUCGAUUCACAGACCGAUUUCAGUACGCCAGUGAAUGGGUUCCACGGGCAGACACAUUACUCUCUGUACAGAUACGUCAAACUAGCAGAGUCCCCCGGAGUGGGUUUCAUCACUGUGAUGAAUCCACACGAAAAAGCCGUCGCAAUCGCAAAUGUUUUUAUUCGGUCAUGGCCGCUGCUCCUCCUCUCCACAAUCAUGAUGGUCGCAGUUGGAAUUAUAAUGUGGUUGCUGGACGCCCGAUCUAACAGUCAAGAGUUCCCAGGCUCUUUCACCCGAGGGGCCCCUGAGGGACUUUGGUGGGCCUUUGUUACAUCGACGACUGUGGGGUAUGGUGACCGCUGUCCGAGAGGAGUGUUUGCUCGCUUAUUUGCAAUUUCUUGGACAUUGAGUGGUUUGGUGGUUAUUGCCAUUUUAACUGGAAGAGUCGCCACAGUUCUCACGGAAUUUGGUUAUAAAGGGCCCUACAUACAACUCUAUGGUGCAGAGGUAGCAGCUAUUGCGAACAAUUCUGAUUUUCGACUAGGUGUGCGGAAGAAUGCACGGAUGAACACAGUCCGUAACUACAAGAGUUAUGAGCAAAUUAGCCGUGCUUUGGCAGACCAGGAAGUAAAAGGCGCUUUGGUGGACCUUUAUGUGCUGUCCUCUCACAACCACUUGUUUAAUGACCCUCGCUUCAGGAUCGUUCGGAUAUACGAUUUCAAGACCAGUUAUGGGGUGGUCCUUGCAGGGAACUCUAUGAAGCUGGAGCAGUGUUUUACCGAGCAUAUCAAGGCUUACUCAGGCAGUGUUUUCCAGAAAAUUGAAGACAAUAUCAAGUUUCUCAGGGAACCAGAUCAUAGCCCGGCCGAGCAAAAUUCUACAGAGCUGUUCAGUAUCACCUCUCCACAGUUCAUCAUCGCCGUCUCGAUCAUCGGGUCACUGUUGAUAUUAGCUUGUGUGCUCGGAGUUGUCUACGAAAGGCGACGAAAGAAACCUGAAGUUUUAAUUAAAAGCAAGGACCUUAAGAACGAGAUGUCGCAAGUUUUACACAGAUUUAUUGCCAGAUUAAAGGAAAAGCUAGAAGUGAUUUCAAAGCGGCACAGGGCAGAGAGAUUUCACCUAAAGCACACAGAAAGAGAGCGAGACCAGCAAGCAGCGAGUACAGUACAGAAGUGUUACGAAGUACUGAGCUUGCGUGACAUCCGACAAGAAUGGUCCCCACGCGACGGAACUGUCAGAAGUGUUACACCAUCGUUGCCUAGCACAAACUUGUACAAUCUAAGGCCGAGGCUAUUUAGUGAGGCGAGAUGUGAUUCGUCUCCCAAUGUUGUAACAAGUCGGAAACUUCCGUUAAGGAGAAAAUCCGGGUUUAACCUUCCUGUCCCACUAGAGCCAGAAGUUCGCAUUAUGGAUCAAACAAACCUUUAGAUGUUCUUUGUAACAAGCUUUUUUCAUUCAUGCCCGUAGAGGCAAAAACGUUUCCCCAAAAAUGUUCCAAAAUGGGCAAAAUGGCAUGAGAAUUUGUUCUAGAGCUUAUUAAAACUUUCUAGGAAAAGAUCCCCCGGACCCCGACCCGGCCCACUGUAAUACAUUACGAUCGCUACAACUGCCAGGUCCCCUCACUUCAAAAAUACGUUCCUACCGACAAUAUGUUUGUUCCCGCUCGGGCCAAUCACCUGUUUCGAUGACGCGUCAUGCGUGAUAGGAAACUUGGCGUUGUAAAACGAGAGAAAUAUGCUUGUCUCCUGACAAAAACAAUUUUUUUCUCUGAUGGUAACUUUUAUGGUCUCCUGUAAAGAGAUGGCUGAAUGAGAGGGUACACUGCAAGAAACAUUAACAUUAAAUUGUUCAAAGCUGGGUUAAGAUAACUUGGGGUUAGUGUGAAAUUUGAUUUUAGAUCUGAAAGCUCGAAGAGCCAAUUCAGUUUAUUUCUUUUUUACUACAAUUAGAUAAGUGAAUGCUCUAAAAAGCAAUGGGUAAAAUUAUUCCAAAACGGCUUUUGAACAGAGAAAUAUAUAAACCUGGAUUGAAAUUAAACCCUGGGUUAGCGCUAAUCGGCCCUUGAACAACUGGGCCCAGAUGUCUAAAAUUUAAAGCCGCACCGUAAUUGCCGAAGUAAAUACUAUUACGGCUAUCAAAAACUUCAUCUUUUACGGCAACAGGAUUAAAACUGAAAUAAGAGGUGUAAAUUAUAAAUCUUGCUCUUGGUUUAUGGAUAAAAACGACCUCAAAACUGUGAAUUAACAUAGUCAGUGAAUUAGUCAUGUUAGUAGCGAACUCGAACGUACCGCUGGAAAUCGACAAGUAGUGCCGGAAACGGGCGUGAAUCAGAACAAGUUUCUCUCGCUAGUGAUAACUGAUUAAUCUAAAACCACUUUACAUCGAGCGCGCUGAAAGAUACGCAUGCCACGUAGUACUUCAUUGAAUAUCCUUUGUUCUGUGUUGUGGUCAAAAAUUGACAAACAUAAGCUCUCGCUAUUGUGUGAAUAGUUCUCAGGUUGUUCCGCAAUGCACACUGAAAUUAACAUACGACGCUUUCACUAUUAUGUAAUA